ACGACCAGUUGGAUGUAACUGCAUUCGUUAAAACACAAAAUGGCCGCGCCCAGCAACUCCGUACACCGCAAUAUGUGAUUCGAAAGCUUUUCAGUGCAACUGCUCAACAUGAAGGGUAUAAAAAAGACCCUGCAGCUUCUAUCGAAGAACAGCAAAACUGGUGCUGUGAAGGUGAGCAAGGCCAAGGACACUGUUCGGCCCGAAGACGUGGAGAGACUGUCGACCGUGGCGACGGUCGUGUCACCUCCGCACCCGGUGUCCAACCUGCGACGUGUUGUUCUGCCGGCCUUGCCAAACGAGUCGCCCGCUGAGCUGCGGUUCAGGGAGCAGUAUGGCGCUGUACAGAUGUGGAAUCAGGACUACUGGGCCAAGCACAACGCCGAGUUUCAGCGGAAGAAGGAGGAGUUUUCUCAACGCAAGCUGGCCGAGUACAAGGCGCAAGGCAGCCCUAGAGACAGCGUCCCCAUUGAGGACAUGGCUUCCUUCUACAAGGCCUUCCUGAACGACAACCACCAAAAGCACAUGCAGUACAACUGGGCCUGGUACAGAAAAAAUAUUGGUCUCUUGCUGCCAGCACUGCUUGCAAGCUGGGCAUACUUCUACAGAGAAGUGCUUCCAAGUGUGAUGGGAAGGGUGAAGUGAGCCAGCGUCAUAGGAUGUUGUAGUUGUACGCCACAAUUGCAUUUCUUCUUUAGUGGAAGAUGUACAUAUAUUAAUAAAGUUUGAGCAGCUGAAGUAGUGAAGCAUCAACUCCGCAUGUGCACAUUUAUGUGCACAUAUUUAUAAGGGGCACUGGCACCAAUUUUCAAAGCUCAGUUUACUCUGUCAUACAAAUCUUGUGAAUACAGAGAUGGCUCUCAGCAAGUGUGAAGCUCAGUAAAUGCUGAUAAGAUAUUUUAUUUUGACAUUAAAGUCAAUUUUCUCAUGGCGCA